UCCACUUCAGUCAGCUGAGUAAAGGAGUACUUGAAGGGGGAAGUCAUUUUUGGGGUGGGGGAAGAUUCACGUAAUGCCCUUUUCUAGGCACAAACUAAGUAUUUCUAUGGUACUUUGAGAGAACAAGCAGCAUUUGCCAAGUCAAGAAAGUAAAAGCAACUUCUGUAACUUAAGACAACGACCUCCCACACCUCAUAAAAGAUGAUUGACACACUUGUAACAUCAGAAGCUCAGGACCUUCUUUACCAGUUGAACUCACUCUUGGAGCAGGAGGUGAAAUGUCAGCCAAAAGCUUGUGGUUUGCGGCUGAUUGAAACUGCUCACGACAAUGGCCUCCGGAUGACGACCAGACUUCGUGACUUUGAAGUGAAAGAUUUGCUUAGCUUAACUCAGUUCUUUGGUUUCAGUACAGAAACAUUCUCAUUAUCUGUGAACGUCUUGGACCGAUUUUUAGCCAAAAUGAAGGUACAACCAAAAUAUUUGGGCUGUGUCGGCCUAACCUGUUUCUACUUGGCUGUAAAAACCACAGAAGAAGAAAGAAAUGUGCCCCUGGCCACUGACCUGAUCAGAAUAAGUCAGUACAAGUUCACCGUGUGUGACAUGAUGCGGAUGGAGAAGAUCAUUCUGGAAAAGUUGGGCUGGAAAGUGAGAACUACAACGGCAUAUCACCUCCUAAAACUUUACCACUCACUUGUUGUUGAGAACUUAUCCAGUGAAAGACAAAAACCUUUCACUUUGGAACGUCUUGAAACUAGUCUCAAGGCCUGUCACUGCAGGCUUGGAUUCUCUAAAGCUAAGCCCUCAAUCUUGGCAUUGUCUAUAUUGGCGGUUGAGAUGCAGGAGCAGAAGCAGUUUGAAUUGGCAGAUGCAAUAGAAAGCCUACAAAAGCAUUCCAAGAUCACCAUCAGAGACCUGAUCUUCUGGAAGGAAUUGGUAUCAAAGUGCCUGGCAGAAUAUUCUUCAAGCAAAUGUUCAAAGCCAAAUGUUCAAAAGCUCAAGUGGAUUGUAUCUGGCCGUACAGCAAGACAGCUGAAGCACAGUUACUACAGAAUAGCACAUCUUCCCACAAUUCCAGAAUCUGGCUCCUAACACCUAAUGAAGUCUCAAGAAGGACAGGAAGUGUGUGUGACUUUAUUUUCUAUGGACAAUGAAGCGUGUUUGGAAUGCACAAACUGUGAAGCCUACAGAUAAUAUGGCAGCUAGCUUUUUAAGUUCUGACAUUUCAAAGAUGAAAAAGAGGCACAAAGUGGUGGCAAGGUUUGCAGUCCUCGGAGAAAUCUGCACAGAACUAGAGCUUUUUGGCCAGGAGCACUUUUCAGUAGGAGUGCUGGUGGCAAUGUGAUGCUGAGUGAGAUCCUAUAAGCCUGUGACGGGGACUGCUGUAUGUUCACUCCAAGCUGCAAGAUCAGUUUUAUGAGGGAAUGUUAUACAAAAGGGCUAAUGAAGUAUUUUAUUUAAUUAUUUAAAGGGUCUCUCCUUUACUGAUGGACUCCUCAGCAAGUCAGCCAUUGACAGGCACCAAGAAUGCACAUCCACAAAAUGCCAAGCUAAUGUGCUGUGUAUUUGCUCAGAAAAAAAGAUGCACUUUACUAUUUUUAUAUUUUAAGAUGGUGCCAUGAGGAGUUUCAAUGUUUGUUAGUUCUCGAUGUCAAGCAAUACAUGACCCAAUCUGCCUAUGCCGAUUGCCGCGGUAGUCGUCUGUUCUGCACUGUUUACGGCCACAAUCUGUCUAGCAUUUAAGUUAUUGAAAAACAAAAUUAAUUUAACCUUCUGAUAUUGGCAGAUAUUCUUCUAGUCACCUUUUGUGUCUGUUAGACCACAUUUUAGGUUCCCUCCUAUAAACUGAAAUGCAGUUGGGUUACUAAUGGUACAUGAGCAUCUAUUCUCCAGGAGGGAGAUGAGAACCAUGCUAGAAACUAAAUACUAAAACUGGGAGAAGAACUAAGUAAAAUCUACUGAAGUCACUUGCACCAGUCAAUGCACCAGUCAAUGCACCAAUGAAGAGCAUGGGCACAAGUACAGCCUCCAUUAUAUCAGAUUGCUCUGCAUUUCACGUUCCAUAUACUGGAAGAAUGUUGCCAUUGUUUAUAGUCCAGUAUAAAGAGGUUGUAUGACGUGUUCGUGUAGCAGCUGAUGGACGGCGUGUGAAAUGUCUGGUAUCUCCAAUGAACAUCUACUACAAUGUAGACCAAGGAUGCCCAAGCUAUGCCCCUCCAGCUGUUGUAAAACUACACCUCCCAGCAUGCCCGGACAGUCUACAGCUAUUGGGGAAUGCUGGGAGCUGUAGUUUUGCUACAGCUGGAGGGCUGCAAGUUGAGCAUUCCUGAACUAGACAAUAGGAGCAGCCUACAUGUUGGGAUAUUCUAGAGGGCCAAUUCCACACUGUUACAAGGCCUUGCACCUGUACAAUGCAGUAAGAAAUGUACCUUUCAAUAAAUUUAUUGGAAAGAAACA